AUGUCGCUAAAAGCCGUUCAAACGCUAACGGGGCGUAUAAUCCUGGGCAUCCUCCGUCUUCUCCAAUUAGUCUUAGCAUGCGCCGUAAUCGGGUUGUAUGGGAAAUACUUGGCUAGAGCUGGUGAUGCGGAUGAACAUGCUGAUGCUAGGUGGAUUUGGGCGGUUGUUGUGGGAGGGUUGAGUUCUGUUACUGCUAUCCUCUACUCCCUCCCCUUCUGGCCACUCCGCUUCUUCUUCAUCUGGGACAUCGUCCUCUUCAUCUGCUGGCUCACCGUUUUCGCCAUUUUCGCCUCCCUCUACAUGCACGAAGAUCCAGAAGGAAACCAUGACAUCGAGCAAAUGCGUGAUGCGAUGUGGUUGGACCUGGUCAAUUGGUUGCUCUGGCUCGUUAGCUCUGUUGUUGGUGGGUGGUAUUUCUGGAAGUAUAGGAAUGAGAGGACUUCUUUGUCAGGACGGGCUAGGGAGAAUACGAAGCUUGGAGUUUAA